ACCAGAGCAGCAGAAAAACAGGAACUCAAGAAGAGAAAUGACAGAGUUCCCACUAAACAUCUUCACAAUGACACAGCCAUGGAUCUGAACUGUCUUCUCUUCAUCUUCAGCUUCUUCAGACUCUCAGGAGCGCAGGGCAUCACUACAGUCAGCCAGAUAUCUGCUCGGAGAGGACAGUCUGUCAUAAUUCCUUGUUUAUAUAAUCAUACAUAUGCAUUUUCAUACAAAUACUUGAGCGUUGGAGACUAUUGGCUAUCAAGUGUCCAGACAUAUCAUUACAAAACCUCAGAUGACACGAAAGGUCACAUCUUCACCGUCCACAUGGAUGAUGUCCAGGAGCCUGGCUAUUACUGGUGUACCAUUCAUAUUCCUUUAGCUUUUGAUAUAUAUGUAGGGUUUUUCUUGGACAUCACACCAGACUCUCCAAGACUUUAUGUGAACUCUCAGAUUGUGACUGGAUCUGAGAAUGGCAGCGUUACCAUCACCUGCUACCAUCAGGGUGCACAAUAUGGUGUAAAAUGGUGUAAGUUUGGAGAUCAGUGCAUUACAGGAGCAUCUGGGACGUUAGCUGGAGCCUCGGUUAAGAUCAUACAUGGUCUGAGAAACACGACUGUACGCAUGAGCCAGCUAAAGAAGGAGAACACAGGAUGGUACUGGUGCUCGACAGAAGAUCUGCAGAUGCCUGUUCAUAUCACUGUCCAUCAGAAGGAGAGCAGUAAGACUACAGCAGAGCCUGGUCAGUUCUCACCUAGCACUCGCAAAAGGACAGCUAUUUUCUUUCUGAUGCCUGUGAUUUUGGAAAUUAUCCUGCUCACAUUCAUUUACUUGGCACUGAAACUGGCUAGGUUUUGCAAAAGAAGAUUCUUGCAGUCUGUGAAUGAAGCAGAGGGAGGUCCUUAUGUGACGAUGCACAGGGAACAGUCAUUGCGUUCAAAUGGCUGUUCUGCUGCUGAAGGAGUGUAUGAAAAUAUGGCUGAACUCAGUGAGAUACCUGCUUCCAGUCAUAAAUCCACCGGCCUGGCUGUGGUCAAAAAAACUGAUUCCUCAAAUGCUUCUCAGCAAGAACCAGAUUAUGUGAACAUUAUGAAGACGUGACUUGGCAGUGCCAGGAAUGAAUCCGGUGUAUCUGCAGCUUCCCUCCGAUAUCAACUAAAGACCUCUGUGUUAAAGAGAUGUUUUAUUUAUUUACUGUUUAAUUCAUUUUUAUGUGUCCGGUUUUAAAAGCUACAGGGAACAUCUCUGCACCUCAUUUAUAACCCAAGGUCAUGGGUUCGAUUCCCAGGGAAUGCAUGAACUGAACAUGUCAGCUUGUCCCUUGAAUGCAGUGCAAGUAUUGAAUAAAAGUG